AUGUCGACCAUCACGCGAACACUCCGUAACCUGACCAAGGUCGGCAUCAAGGACUACCUGGUCCAGAUGUGGUACAUCGGUGACACCAAGUACGGUCGUCUCGUCGGCACCGAUCGCGCCGGCAACAAGUUCUUCGAGAACAACGAGGAACUCCCCCUCCGCACCCGCUGGGUCCAGUACGCCAAGCACGACUUCGACGCCGCCCAGAUCGAGCCCGGCUGGCACGCCUGGAUCAGCUACACCCUCGAUGCCCCCCCAACGGAGGAUGCUCUCAUCAAGACCGGCACACGACACUUUGAGCCUACCAAGCCUAUUCCCAACUAUACCCAGACGAGGGGCGCUUUCAAGACAUACAACACUGUGAAGCCAAAGAUUGCGGCAUGGGAGCCCGUGGCUGCACCACGAUCUUAG